UCGCGACUAUUGUAGGAACACACUCAACGCCACAUUUACAAUGUCGUGGCUUCCCAUCCCCGACGACAGUGACUUCUCCCUCCACAACAUCCCAUUCGGCGUAUUCCUGCACCCACCCACGUCGACGCCCCACUGCGCAACCCGGAUCGGCAACCACGUACUCGACCUCCACGUCAUCUCCAGUUCCGGCGGCUUCGACCAGCUCGAGGGCUUCUCGCACUUCGCGGAUGUAUUCCAGCAGCCCACACUGAACGCCUUUGCCAGGCUGGGGCGGGAGCCCACCGACCGCGUGCGCUCGUUCCUGCAGUCGAUAUUCACCAGCUCCGGCCCUGGAGUGCUGCGCGACAACGAGGAGCUGCGCAAGAAAGCGCUGUUCGAGGACCCGGAUCCAACAAUGCUUCUGCCAAUGCAGAUCGGCGACUAUACGGAUUUCUGUGCGGGAAAGGUGCACGCCUACAAUGCUGGCUGCCUCUUCCGUAGUCCCGAGAAAGCCCUGCAGGUGAACUAUGAGCACCUGCCGAUAGGGUAUCAUGGAAGGGCGAGCUCGGUGCUGCCACCAGGGACUCCAGUAAGGAGACCGUGGGGACAGACCGCCGAGGGAGUGUUCGAGAAGUGUAAACGCCUGGAUUUGGAGCUGGAGUUGGCAGCGUUUGUGGGGAAGGAAGUUGGGCCAUGGGAUUCAAAGAAUGCGGAGGCCGCCGGGGAGCAUAUCUUUGGCUUUGUGCUCAUGAACGAUUGGAGUGCUCGAGACAUCCAAGCCUUCGAAUACGUGCCUCUAGGCCCCUUCACGGGCAAAAACUUCGGCACUUCCAUCUCCCCAUGGAUCGUCCUCCCCAGUGCUCUUACCGCCUUCCUCACCGCCCCUCUGCAACGCACCUCUAAAAUCCCCCUACAAUCCUACCUCCAGCAGACCCGUACGGAGACCGUCUACGAAAUUUCCCUGACUGCCGAGAUCAACGGUCAUACGUUUACGAAAAUUAGCGGAAAGAACCUCCUUUGGAGCUUCGACCAGAUGCUCGCGCACCAUACCGUUACUGGAUGUGGCAUGAACCCUGGAGAUCUGAUCGGGAGUGGAACCAUCUCCGGGACGGGAUCGAAGGAAGCCGGGUGUUUGCUCGAGGCGACGAAGGGAGGGAAGGUGUCUGUGGCUAUUGCGGAGGGAGUAGAGAGGACGUGGCUGGAGGAUGGGGAUGUGGUCGUUAUUAAGGGACACUGUGGUGAGGGGGAAAGGAGGGUGGGGUGGGGGGAGUGUAAAGGCCUCGUCUUGCCCGCG